CCUAGCCCGAAGCAACCCCGCAGAGCGAAGCAAGCGACCGAGCAAACCAAUGGCGAUGACACCGUCAGCAGCUGCAGCCGUCUCCUUCUCCGUCCGCCCAUCGGUGACAACCACGACAUUCCGGCCGCGCGCCACCGUCGUCGCAUCGGCCUCCGCGGGCGCCAAGCGUCUGCGCACGAGAGCCCCCAAGGGAGGCAAGUGGUGGGCGCCGCUGGUCGGGUGGUCAGGGCGGGCAGACUACAUCGAGACCGCGGCACCGGUGGUGGAGGAGGUCGAGGAGGAGAAGGCGGCGAGGCCGUUCGCGGGCGGCCUGACGGAGGAGAAGGCGCGGCAGCUGCGCGCGCGGAUGGCGGAGAUGGACAGCUUCCACGACGCCAUGUAUCACUCCGCUAUCGCAUCCCGCCUCGCACGCACAGCAUAGGCCACCGGCCGGUCUCCAUGGCCGCAGAGAACCUACCCAGACAACUCGCCGGCACUACCACGUACUUGCCCGUUCUUGGUGUGUGCCAGUGCGCGUGUGCAUAGCUGUUUCUUCUUCUUGUAAAUUACAAAGCUCCCCCGCUUCGUCCGUCCUCAUGGAGGAGAGGUUGGAGAUGAAGAAGGGAGGGAUCUGGUUUUUCGGUUGAUCCCUCCCCCUUCGUCCCCAACGCGACGCUCCCCGAUCUGUAUAGUUUUUUCUCUUUUUUUUUCUUUUUGUAAAUUACAAAGCUCAGAUGUAUGUAUAAAUGAACCAAUUACAAGCUCAGAUCUUUGGACUUGAUUCUACUCUUUGCUGCAACAUUGUCGAGAUGUCUGCUUAUCAUUC